AUGGGUAGCAUAACCCCCACCCCCUGUCCCGCCUACUGGCAAACCAACAUCCCUCCCUCCGCCCACACCCCGCACUGUCCGCCGUCCCUGCAAUCCCUCUCCCAAAAAGACAUCCGCGUCCUGCUCACCCCGGACUCCGCCUCCCACAUUCUCACCUGGCCCAUCGUCCGCCACAUAAUCCGCACCAACCGCCUCGAUCUCUUCCAGCGCAAACCCUCCCAGCUCCGCAAAUACCUUGAAUACUGCUACGCCAUCAAACAAACCCACGGCUCCAUGAUGCGUUUUAUCCUCGACGAGAAACUGCACUGGAAAGAAUCAGAGCUAGAUGCACGGGACGCGCCAUUUAGUAAUGAGGAUGAAUAUAAAAUUUUAAUCAACGAUUGGCCGUAUGGGAUUGAUGAGAAAAUUGUGCAUUUGGUGGUGUGGACGAAGUUCGCGCUGGAAGAUGAUCCCGAGACGGGAGAUACGAGGGACGAUGUUAAGAGGGAAAUUCAGGCGUGGGUAGAUCGCGUGUUUGGUGGAGGGGAGAAUGUGAUUUGGUUUAGGAAUUGGAGAAGCUUGAAAUCGAUACAUUCGGUAGAGCACUUCCACGUCAUGCUGUAUGAUCCUGCUCCUGAAUUUGUAAAAGAAGUGACGGGAAGUAUUUGA